CUUAUCUCAAGCUGCAGACGUGCCUUACACCACGCCUCAUGUGGGAUGCACUCUUUCACAAAGAUAACUGAUGAGACUGUUUGUUCGUGUCUCAUCUCUAAUGAAACUACCUUCUGCUUCAUCCUGCGACUGCAAAUAAUCUGUGAAUAACAAUGUCAAGAGGAGAAAUCGUCGUUCUUUUUCUGUCUGUACUGUUUGAGACGUCGUUGCCUCAAUACGACACUUGGAUGGACAACCCCAUAGAGCAUGAGCAAGUCUUCACUGCAUCUACGACAGAUAUUCCUCAAUUGCUGAGAGCAGGUGUGACAGAGGUUUUCUUUGUGGGUAGCUUGGUGGAAACAAUACCUAAAGCAGCCUUUGCUAAAAACCCGCAGCUUGAAAAGGUGGAGUUCAUAAACACUCCAACAUCAACUAUUGAGCCAGGAGCUUUUGAAGGUUUGGGGUCCCUCAAGCAAGUUGAGAUCUCCAACACUCCAUUAAUGUUAAUCCCAGUUGGAGUCUUCAAAGACAUCAGCAGCCUGGAGAGUAUCAUACUGAAGUGGAACAGGCUACGCCGUUUGGAGAGAGGCUUGUUUGACGGCCUUAAAAAUGUAAAGGAGAUCCAGCUACAUGGGAACGAGAUCGCAUUGAUUGAAGAUGGAACGUUUGAAGGACUUGAGAACCUUGUGUCUCUCAAUUUAGCUAAAAACAACAUUUCCACUGUUUCUACCAGUUUGUUCUCAAACCUUAGCAAACUGCAGGUACUACGUCUUUAUGAGAAUCAGCUAACCACCAUUCCUGAGGACAUUUUUCAGAGUUUACCAGACUUGACGGAAAUCGCCUUGCAGGUCAACAAAAUAGCCGAAUUAUCACCAAAUCUGUUUCCACAUAAAGACAAACUAAAGAAGAUCACUUUGGACAAUAACCUCCUAACCAGUUUACCUGAUGAAUAUUUUGUUGGCUUCCCUCAGCUUAAAAUUCUGACCCUGCAGAAAAAUAAACUGACAAGUCUCCCACCAAUUCUUUUUGGGAAAAUGCCUAAACUGACUCAGUUAAGCCUCAGUCAAAAUGAUCUCAGCACCCUUCCUCCAGGAAUAUUUAGCCCCCUGAACAAAGUCAAGAAGCUGGACUUGUCUAAUAAUCAUUUUGCCUCCUUGUCUCCCGAGUACUUUGAAGGCCCAGAGAAGCUGACAGAGCUAAACCUACAGAAUAACGAGAUAAAGUCGCUGGAUGCAGAUGUGUUUGAAAAGCUUCAGUCACUGGUCACACUAAAGCUCGAUCAUAACGACCUGCAGACGCUCCCUGAGGAUAUUUUUGAGCCUUUAACAAAGCUAAACAUGCUUUCCCUCAGUGAAAACCCUUGGCACUGUGACUGUAAUCUGAUUUCUUUUCACCUCUGGAUAAAAGCAAACUCUGACAAGCUAGCCUCACCUGUUGUCUGUGAGUAUCCAGAACAUUUAAAGGGGCAGGAAAUCCAAUCCUUGACGGAAGAUCAAUUAAUUUGCCCCACCCUUCCCCCUACAACUACCAGCCCCACCACCACCACCACAACAACUCCCACAACCACAACACUACCGACUACACUUCCGACCACACAAGCGACAACAAUAAUACCAACCACAACUUUAGCUACCACCAUCUCAACAUCCACCACACCUACAACCACACUUACAACGACCAAACCCACAACCACACCUACGACUACAACAACAACAACCACACCCACAACUACUCCAACUACAAAUCCAACAACCACACCCACAACUAAACUCUGUUCAAUGGUCUUUCAUUAUUUCAUUAAUUAUUGCAGUUUGAAUUUCUGUGCUAACAAUACAUUUCAGCAACAGUUGUAAUCAUUGAAUGAGUAUCCAUGCUAAAUCAAAGAUGUAAUUGUUCAUCCAUUGUAAGAAAAUUCAAAGCAACAUAUUACUUUGCAAUGAAUAAAUGCAUUGCUUUUAGAGGAAUCAGUCUCACUUUGAAGUGAUAAUUUACUGAAGUAAGCUAUUCAUGGUUUAUCUUCACAACUUACACACUUUCUCUCAAGGAAUAUGACAUAAAAACCUUAUUCCAGAAAAUGGUGAAAGACAAAACAGGACUGAAAUCCCUGUGACAAGUAGUUUACCUACAAAGUAAAGGUUAAGUUAUGGCAUAUAUAUAAUGUGAUUGACAGAAAAAAUUACAAAUUGUGUUGCUGAUCUUCUUAAAACGACUUCACAUGAAAUCUCCUGUCCAGACUGAGUGGAUUUUAAAGAAGUCACACUGAAUUGAAAAAGGGUACAGCAUGAUACUGUACCACAACUUUGCAUUCAAAGUAAUCAUUCACUGAAACUAUGUUGAUUGUCAGAAACAGAGUGAUGUAGUAAUUUUGGCACAUUUAUCGAUGGUACUAACUUCCACCACUCAUCCAACUUUUGUCUGCUUUCCCCUUGAUUAUAUUAUUGAAAUACACACACUUUAGCGUGUGGUCAGAUACACAUACCAUGUCCUUAUAUACCUUAUUAUUACACUCUGCAGAACAGUCAACACUUUGUACCACACAUCCCAGCUCCCUGUUUCAAUUCACACACACACAAAGUAGAACACCAACAGCAGAUAAUGAGCAGACCUUGGACUGAAAUCUCUCUCCCCCACAACACACUAAGGCAGCUGCGUUGAGACAGGAACAUUAUGACCUCUGGUAACCACGACAAUGGAUUGCACGUACGAUAUCUUCAUCACGCGACAUUCCAAGAGGAGGAGGCACUGCCCCGUCUAGAUGCAGCGGCCUCCAUCUAGUUUUGACCAAUCCAAGACGAACCCCAGUCACGCCCAAUAUAUCAAUAUAUAACCUAUGUGCGCACUCUGUUUAAGCGCCUCUUUUUCUGUGUAGCCUUCUGCAUAGAACUAGAGACCCAUGCAUGUUCAAUUGCUGGACACCGCGUUUUCCUGACCUGUGACCUCUGAAUAAACUUGCCUAAUUUCAACUUGAGAA